GCAGCGGGUCCGGCGCGCCGAGUCGUGCGGAGCCAGGCCCGCCGGGAGGGAGGUCGCCGAGCGCCGCGCCGGGCGGGGCCGAGAGCCCGGCUGGAUCUCCUUCAGGACUCGGACUCGCGCUCGGGGGCCGGCGCCCGCGCUGGAAUCACGUUUCUUCCGGGCGGGUGGCUGGCCUCGCAGCGUGCGGCCCCUGCCCCCCGGUCAUCCAAAAAGACGGGCUUUGUGCCUCCUUUGGCUCUUGAUUCGACGACGCUGGCACUGUGGGAACACCGACUCCAGUUCAUCCACAACCGGGCUUCCUAAGAAGAAAGGGAACGCAGGCUGUUCUGCUGCCAACAUGUUUUCGGCCCAGCGGAGACUCUGCUCCCUUAACAGUACAGCAAAAUUCCUGACAAUUAAUUCUUCAAAAAUCCUUGGACUCCCUACUUCUGCUAAGAUGUCUUUGAAAAUCACCAAUGCAAAACGAAUCGAAGGCCUUGAUAGUAAUGUGUGGAUUGAAUUUACAAAGUUGGCUGCAGACCCCUCUGUUGUGAAUCUUGGUCAAGGCCUUCCAGAUAUAUCCCCUCCCAUAUAUGUAAAGGAGAAAUUAUCAAAGAUUGCAGCAAUUGAUAGCCUGAACCAGUAUACGCGAGGCUUUGGUCAUCCAUCACUUGUGAAAGCUCUAGCCUGCUUAUAUGAAAAAUUUUAUCAAAAUCAAAUCAAUCCAAAUAAAGAAAUCCUUGUGACAGUAGGAGCAUAUGGAUCUCUUUUUAAUGCCAUUCAAGGAUUAAUUGAUAAGGGAGAUGAAGUCAUAAUAAUAAUGCCUUUCUAUGACUGCUAUGAGCCCAUGGUGAGAAUGGCUGGAGCAACACCUGUUUUUAUUCCCCUAAGAUCUAAACCUGUCAACGGGAAAAAAUGGUCUAGUUCUGACUGGACAUUGGAUCCUCAAGAACUUGCAAGUAAAUUUAAUUCUAAAACCAAAGCUAUUAUACUGAAUACUCCACAUAACCCCAUUGGCAAGGUAUAUACCAAAGAGGAACUCCAAGUAAUUGCUGACCUUUGCAUCAAAUAUGACACACUCUGCAUCAGUGAUGAGGUUUAUGAAUGGCUUGUAUAUACUGGAAAUAAGCAUUUAAAAAUAGCUACGUUUCCAGGUAUGUGGGAGAGAACAAUAACAAUAGGAAGUGCUGGAAAGACUUUCAGUGUAACUGGCUGGAAGCUUGGCUGGUCCAUUGGUCCUCAUCAUCUGAUAAAACAUUUACAGACGGUCCAACAAAACACCAUUUAUACCUGUGCGACGCCUUUACAGACUCAGUUCUUCCAACAGAACAAACUGUAUCCUGCCUUUUGCAUGUAUUUGUUUCCUCAUCCCUUCCACUUACCCCCUCCAGUAAACACCAACUGGAAUCUUCAUAACAGUGAGGAUCAUGUUUCUCUUAUAUACCAUUAUAGCCCCAGUGUUUUAUCACAAUGCCAGUAUUUAACAUUGGUAUUCAGUAUAUGUUUACUGAAUGAAUGUUUUAUCCUUUAAUUCUUGAUACUUCUUGGUUCUGAUUAAUUUCCUUAAAAUUUGGCCACUUUGCCCUGCUAUCUCAACCAUUCCACUUAUUGAUUAUUUACUUAUGUUUCCUUCUUUGUGCUGAGAACCGGUAUUUCUAAGUUGUUUCAGUUCACACUGACCUACCAAUCUUCUGCCCCCUUGCUUGUACAGAUCCUCGUUCUUUAUGUAUGUCCUGAUUCAGACUUGUUUACCUUUUCCUGACCUGUUGCCUCCUCAGACACCCACAUGACCUUUAACAACAUUGGCUUUUUCCCUUCUCCCAGUUUCUCUCCUGUCACUUCUGGCUUUCUUGAGGAAUGGUACAGAAGUGACUCCAUAUACCUUGGAAACUCUUUUCUAAUCCCUGUGGUCCAUAGAUACUUCUGGGAUACGAAUGAUUAGAACAGGGAUUAGAAUUUAGAUUAGAAUUAUUGCAUACCUAUGGGUAGUGACAUAGUGGGUCCGCUUUCAUUUCCAUGACCUCCUCCAAGGUAAUGGGAAAAGGCUGGCUAGUUCAUCAUUUCUUUGUCAUCUUUCAGACUUAGAUCUAGCAAGUCAUUCUGCAGCUCAUCUCAGUGGAAAAUAACUUCAUGUCUUUUCAUUUCCAAGUAAGCCAUCUUUAUACAAAACCUUUUUUUAAUUCAGAUCUUCAUGGCCCAUUCUCAGUUCUUCAAGUUAGAUUUAAUCAUUUACAUGUAACUGAUUCCUCUGUUAAUUUACAUCGCCUAACAUAAGUUC